AUGAUGGAGCAGCUGGGCACUGAUACAGCGUUUCUGAAAAAUACGCUGGUGGAAACCGUCUACAUGGAAGCUAUAAGUGGUGCGAAGAACGCUGAGGGCAUGAUAUGCAAGCUGAACAAAGCUAUCUAUGGGCUGAAACAGGUAGCAAGCGCUUGGAACAAGACAAUUCAUCAUGUGUUUUCUGCUUAA